AUGUUCUCACGACUCUGUGUGUUUCUCAUAGUGGGAGGUUUGUUCACAUUUACACAGGCCCAGUUUCCGUGGGAUACUUGUCCGGACAAUAGUGGGAUAGUUACAGCCUGUGUAGUGACGAGUCAAAACUGUUUUUCAGAUUACAACUGUCCCUGGGGUAUGAAGUGUUGUUCUUAUGGCUGUGGAAGAACAUGUCAACGUCCUGUUCGAUGCCGGGUGUCUCCGUUCGGAUCCAAACGUCUUUGUUUUCACAAUGGAAUGUGUGACAGAUCGCGUGAAGAAUACUGCUGUAACUUCCGGUGUCAGGAACCUUUCGCAACUAUUGGCUGA